UAAUUAUUGAAACAACAUACACCUGCAAUGCCUCUGUCAGGUUUACGUUUUGUAAUGCUCUUUCUCUUCAUGGGAAGAGCUUAUGCUGGUUUUGGAGUUGAAUCUUACUCUCCAGCUGAUACAUACAUCAUCCCCCAGAUAACUUAUUUGUGCGAAAAUACCGAACCGUCUGAGGACUUCUACGCCGAACUACGUAACAUAAACGACAACGGGGAUAAGGUUUUCAAUAUGGAAAUAGACUUACAGGAUGCACAGUUCACGGAAAAAUGGACGGUAAAAGUAGUAAUCGACAAAUGGAAUAAUGGCGGCUGGGAUGAAAAUUUUUUUAUAAUGGAUGGUUUAGCCUGUGAAAUAGCAGUUAAGUAUUCCGAAACUAUUUGGGAAAAUUUUAAAAAGGAAAUGAUGCCAACCAUUACAGAUAAAUGUUUUGCGGAAUUGGGGCACUAUAAACUUACUGAUUUUAAAGUAAAUCGCACCGAUAUAAACAUACCCAUAAAUAUAGUGGGAAAAUAUAGGGUGAUUUUAAAACUAUUUAACGGAACAGGCGAGGAAGUGCUGUGUCAAGUAUUUGAAGCAGAAGUAAGAAAACCAUGAUUUCCCGAAUGUUAUUAAAAAUAAAGACAACUCCCCAGCAGUGUAAAAGUUAUUAUUUCAAUCCACCUUUCAAUUUUCAA